AUGGGUCUUUUCCUUAGUCGAAUGUACGAAGUUCUCUCUUCAUUCAGCAAUGACAAACCAGCGCGACUUUUAAUGCUCGGUCUUGAUGCUGCUGGUAAAACGACAAUUUUGUACAAACUCAAACUCGACGAAAAUCUGCAAACCAUUCCUACCAUCGGAUUUAACGUUGAACAAAUCAGUCCAUGUCGUGGAGUAUCAUUUACUGUUUGGGAUGUUGGUGGUCAAGAAAAAAUUCGUCGCCUCUGGCAGCAUUACUAUCAAAACUCAGAUGGUUUAAUCUUCGUUGUAGAUAGUAGUGAUGCGGAACGAAUAAAUGAAGCUCGUGAAGAACUUCAUGGUAUUCUCUCUUCUUCAGAAAUGUCGACUGUACCUGUGGUUAUCCUUGCUAACAAACAAGAUUUACCAAUGGCAAUGAAACCUGCUGAUAUUGUUCAAAAACUCGAUAUGAAUUCCCUACGUGGUAAACACAAAUGGUUUAUUCAAGCUGCGUGUGCAACAACCGGUGAGGGUUUGAUCGAGGGAAUGCUCGAAAUGAGUAACCUCGUUAAACAACAUCGUAAAGAAACUGGUUAUUAA